UCUAACAAGCGGCAGAGUUGGCGUCUUUCGCCUCUCUGUGACGAAUAAAGGGAAACUUUGUGCCCUGCGCCGUGUGCCACCGUCCUUUUCUUAGAGCAGAUUUCGCAAGUCUUACAACACGUACGACGGCAGAUGAAAAAAAAAAGAGCUCCCUUCUCUGUAAUAUUUGCUUUUAUUCUCUUUUCUCCUUCACUCACUUCCAUCACAGUGAACGCGGAUUCGCCUCCCAAUUCACCUACAUGACAGAUUUUAGAAAGCACAGCUGAUUCAAUCCCAUUUUAUUGCUACUAUCCUGGAUCGAAUGCUGCAGGGAGGAAUAAUCGUGCUGGCCGCAUGAUACAACCGUUGUCACAAUAAUGAUUCACCCAAGCCUCCUGAAAAGCCACGCCAGUCCCACUCCUUCUUUUGUUUCGUGACCUUUUACUUCAUUAAUUUAUCACCUUUGAAUGUCAUAUUAAUGGAUUCUUCCCAUUGAGGUUUCUAAUUUGGUUUCAGUGAUUGUUGCGUCUGGCGAUCAAAACAUAAUGUUGCACGAAAGGACUGGACCGAAAUGGCAUCUCAUGCACUUAUAACACUUGUGUCCAUUAUACUGGCCGUCAUCUUCUUUUCUGUGCCACUGGUGGUCAAAUAUCAUGUAUACAAGCCACAGAAGAAGAUCGUAGUGGCCGGUGAUGUCAUCACAGUCGAUGCAGGUCUGUCAUCUGUUUGGUGCCAAGGCGUAGAAUUUAGCGCCAAUUCGAAAUUUAGAUCGUUUCUUUACGACACAGAGCCAGCAGUGGACGAGAGUGAGGUCGUGAGGACAGUGUCCACACAUCACAUAACUUUGCCAAACAAAGCUCAGGAGUAUUGGGGCUUUCGUCUACUGCGAGGAUCCUCUGUCAAUAUAACCUCAUGCGCGAGACUCAUACGAGCCGACGUCACAGUGGUCAAGGGAAUCGGAGGAUUAAAGAAAUGUCUUCGGGAACAUAGAAAAAAGAGUCUUGACGACGACUUCAGCGGAGAAGACAGCCAAUCCCAAUCGGAAUCUGACGAAGAUACUUCUUCCAUCUCAAGUAGCCAAGGAGUUUUGACCAAUGAGACGGACAUCCUGUAUGUCUGCUCCAACUCCCUUCUCCAUGAGGAGCUCCCCAUAUCCUACACGUGCACGCACCCCUUCACCAAAGUGGCGCGACAACAAACAUUGUCUCAGUACGUGACAGAGAGCGAUUAUUACUACUACGUCUUCUCCUCGAACACUUAUUUGGACAUUCUGCCGAAUGAAUUUUCCAUCGUGUUCACCAUUGAUAGGACUCACUUUAAUUAUUCCACCAACAUCAGUAACUGUUCUAAAAGCAAUUCUUGCCAGCUGUCCAUUCCUAUAGGAUCACACCCAAAGGUGGUAGUACAAAUGGAAGGGGUCAAUGGCACCCUAAGAUCGGAAAAACUGCAAGUGACGUGCAAGCCACGAGAAUGGAUAUUUUUGAUUUUCUACGCUUUGUUCUUGAUCGUUAUUUUCUUAUGUGCUUUUCAAUAAUUUCUUAUCUUCAGAGAGACAACAUCAUUCUGGAAAGAACGAAAUAACCAUCACGAAUCUGAUAUUCAAUAUUUAUCCUACAGAAUCGAUGAAAUCUUUUUUUUAUCGUUUCCAGCCUCAAUCCAAUAUUAUGAUAUUUGGUUAUAAAAUAGGUACUUGAUUGUGCCGCUCCCGGUACAAAAUAUUCUGUUUUACAUGCCAAUAUAAUUCAUUAGCAUGAAAUAUUGAAAUAUCGAAAAUAUGAAGUGUUUUUCAAAAACAAACUUUUUAUCCUAUUGUUUAGACAAUAAAUUUUGAAGAAGUGUAUGCAUUGAAGACUUCUAUGAUAUUUGAAAUAGUUCUUAUAAUUUAAGUGCAGAUAUUUCAGUUUCAGUUUCUCCUGCCGGAAGAUUUAAAAUCUAGAUUUUCAAAUUCAUCUUUUCUAGUUCAAGUCUCAAAAAUUAAUUGAGUCUUUCAUGCUUUUUUUUCUCCCAAGAAACGAAAGUCUAAAUGUCCCCAUUUUCUAAAGUCUAUCGAAUUAGCAAUGAACUUUUCACUGCAUUAUUUCGACACUAUUUUUUUUUCUGACAACCAAACUAUUAUAUUUUGAAUACAAGGAAUCUAGAAUGAACAAGUUCAGUGUCAAGAAAUUCUUAUACCAUUUGUGUUGAUGGGAUGAUUUCUCUAAAAAUAUGUCAAAGAAGACAAAAUAACAUGCCCGAUUUCAUGAGAUCCGCUAAAUGAACCUUAACACAUAGCUUAUGCCGUAUAUCAUUUGCAUGGCAAGUAUUAAGCGCCAUACUUAUCUACAAGGCACAUACGUUAAAAAUAUCGACAAAUAACCACAGACAAUGCCAAAAGAUGAAUUAGGCAGUUUCUCAAGUGUUGAGGGCAAUUUAGUUGACUCUGUGAUGUUCUAUUUGAUUGUGACCAGGCAAUUCUGUUAGAAGUGAUUUUAAUUUAUUGUUUUCUAGUCCAUUUAUUUAGCAAUAGCAGCGUCUAUGGAUACAGGAAACAAACCAAGAGAAACAUAUCAGUAUUUAUACCAUGUAAGCAAUUUACAAGCUUGGCGAAUAGUUGAUGAAAGACAACACUCUUUCAGCCACAUUACCUUUGAAUGUAAUCUUGCAUUUCUUGUUGUUUUUUUAUGACCACUAUGUACAGACAUUGUUCUGUUUUUGUUCUUAUAAGUUAAACAGACUGUUGUAAUUCCUAAAUCUGUUAGUUGCAUGCGUUGUGCAAUUCUUUUUUUAUGCAUGAAUGUGUUCUGUGCAAUAGAAGAUUUUAAAACAAUCCAAGGAUUCGAGCAUAUUUAUAAACAUUAAGUUUUAUUAUCGGUGUAACGGGUGACUGUCAUAAUAUCCGUUUUUGUAAGACUUAUUGAUAUUUCUGAAAAUGAACAUAAUUAUUGUUAGAAAAUAUAUAUUCAAUGCAUUGGUUAAAUAAAAUAAAAAUAGCAAAUAAACUUUAAAACAUU